CGGCGGCGGCGGGGUCGGGCCUGGGCCGCCCAGCCCCGAGGCUCGGACAUGAGCGUUCCCGGGACUGCAGCGGCGGCGCUGGCGGCUGUCUCCUCGCUGCGUGGCCCCCGCUAACGGGACAGGUUUUAACAUGGCAGGGAGGCAUCAGAGUCGUGGUUUCCCUAUUCCAGGAGUUCAGUCAAGUGGUCAAGUGCACGCGUUUGGAAACUGCACAGACAGCGACAUGUUGGAGGAAGAUGCUGAAGCGUAUGAGCUUCGAUCCAGAGGAAAAGAGAAAGUACGAAGAAGUACAUCGAGAGAUAGACUUGAUGACAUUAUAGUGUUAACAAAAGAUAUCCAAGAAGGGGAUACUUUAAAUGCAAUAGCCCUUCAGUACUGCUGCACGGUAGCAGAUAUCAAGAGGGUUAACAAUCUCAUCAGUGAUCAAGACUUUUUUGCCCUUAGGUCCAUCAAAAUUCCAGUAAAAAAGUUCAGUUUGUUGACUGAAACCCUUUACCCUGCAAAAGGCAAGCAGGUGUCACGCCCCUCGCCUGUGCACUGUGCGCCAGAGCAGCAGGACAUCGUGCCAGCCAGCGACUCCCUGUCUUCCACCGAGUCAGCUGGCAGCUUUUUAAAAGAAGUGGACAGAGACAUUGAACAAAUUGUCAAGUGUACAGACACCAAGAGAGAGAACCUCAAUGAGGUGGUGUCUGCCUUGACGGCCCAACAGAUACGUUUUGAACCUGACACUAAGAGCUCUCAGCGCAAGGAUCCUUACUAUGGAGCAGACUGGGGAAUAGGGUGGUGGACAGCUGUCGUGAUCAUGUUGAUAGUAGGUAUAAUAACACCAGUCUUUUAUUUGCUCUAUUACGAAAUUUUAGCUAAGGUGGAUGUUAGUCACCAUUCAACAGUGGACUCUUCACAUUUGGACUCAGGAAUCACACCCCCAUCACAGCAGAGAGAAAUGCAAAAUAGACUGGCUCCAACUAAGGGACUACGCUUGGGCCAACAAGAUGAUCAUAAACUGUACAGUCAGGAUUCUCAGCCACCUGCUGUUGAGCACAAAACCUAGCAUUAGCUCCUGAUAACGGUGUAAGUGCUCACGUGCAUCUGGAGUGUGGUGAGUCCAUUCUACUCAAAGACCACUUCAAAACCAGAAUUUACGGAGGCUGAAGAUGCUUUGUGUUCACCUUUCUGAAAAAAUGUGAGCCAUGGGUGGAUCAUGUGUAAAGGUUCCAUAGUAGCUGCAGUUGAUGCUGAAAGCAUGAGUUCCUCAAUCUGUUCUAUCAUUGCUUAAAGCAGAAAUGAAUUUGUGUGAGGAGUCCUUAACCUGGAAGAUGUUAUCAUUUUUCUUACUCAAGACUAGUUAUGCUUAAAUUUUAUUUUUUUAAGUAAUUAUUUUUGGUUUCAGGUUAUAAAUUUAUGAAGCAGAAUGAUAGCUUCAUAGUCUACAACUAAAGAAUUUACUACUGUGAGCCAUCAAAACACCUAGUUGCAAAAAAAGUGUGGUUAUGAGAGCACAGGUAACUCAGUUUUGAAACAUCUUACAGCUAUGUCCAGCAGCUGUGCCAUGAUGGCAAAAUAGAAACAGGACGGGGAACCUAAUGUGUGAAUUCUGUAACAGAGGUGAAGAGCUGCAGUAAACACUGUUAAGCCCCCAAAUGUGUCACAGUCGGGAAAUUGCCAUUUAGUCCCUAGAACACUGGACUAGGUCAAGACCAGAGAGUAAUUUUUGUCUCCUACAGAAUGCUUGCUUUCAGACACAUGCUUUAACCUCUCCCCUGCUGUUCUGAAAAUCAUUCUCUUUGCCUUUGAUAUUUGAUAGCACUUUGUAGUUCUUUGAUGAAAAGUUACACAAGUACAGGCUAACAUCAUUUAGGAAAUAAUUCUUACAUACUGAUAAAUUGUUGCUGUGUUACAUGUGGUAACAUGCCUUACGUACAUCCCAUGCCUUAUAUUCUGUAAGUUUUAGACUGAAGCAUUAUCUUAGAUGAUGCAGUCAGAUUCAUGACAUAGGCUGUACUCAUGGGUUGUCAUCUUCAGCAUCAAGCACAAGUUAAUAGGGUCAGACAUAUCAUUGUCUGCCUGAGUCACUCACCAGAAACAUGAAAGAGGCUUUUUGCUUUAGUAAUGCCUCCAAACUCUUGUACUGAUCCUGUACCUGUUUUUUAAAAAGAAAAUGUUCAACUUUGACUUUUCAUGAACUGCAGCAUCGGGAGAACAGAGGCCACCAGUGUGUGGGUUGGUUGCAAGGGCUUGACAGUGCCGUUUUCCAAAGGUCUGCUGUGGAUCAGUCACAGCCUGGCUGAACUAGAAGUAUUUGCAUAACUGAUCCCAUCCUUUAAUUCUUAAAGGUGUUUUUAAAAUGUAACCAAAAUGAUUCAGUAGAAAUGGAAUUUGGUGGAAUCUGUGUUUCCUAUUUUGUGUUUAAUAAAGUAUAUACCUUAAGAGAGAGAAUACCACUUCAUUUUCUGGGCAUUAUUGUAAUUUUAAAUGUUUUCAUUUUCUGAUCAGUCAUUUUAAAUUUCAAGACUAAUGUUGAUAAAAUGGCAUGAAUUUUUUAACAUGUUAAAUGGAGUUUUACAUACUUCGUCAAGAAAAGGAUCUUUAAGAGGACAGGGAAGUCAGAAGCUUUAAAGCCCUGGUAUACUUGGAAGCCUUCAAACAGUUAAUGGAAAUUAUGAAAAAACUAUGCAUGAAUUUGUUUUCCACCAAAAAUUAACUCUUAAUUCCAUUUUCCCAUGAACUUUUUGAAGUACCUUUGUAUUAAAGUAUCUUAGGAAAAUUAUCAAAAGAAGUUCAAUAUGGAAAUUACAGCAAAGUGAUUUAUGUAGUAAUCAACCUUUUUAGUUAAAAAUUGUUUAAUUAAUGUGCCUUGGGCAUCUUGGAAAAGAGAAGUGUGAACUUCCUAACUUAUGCUCAACGGCAGCUUGGUCCCGUUUACAUUACAUUUAUUGAGCCUGCUGGAAAAUCAAGUUUCAGGGAAGCAAAUGCAGAUUAUUAGGGUAGUACAGGCUAAAUGGCCUUUGAAGAACAUUGUUUACAUCAAAUUGAAAAAUUGGAAAUUCAGUGUUCCUUUUUGCUAGCUAGACUUUGAAAUUGUGAUGGGGUGGUCUGAUUUCUAAAAUAAGUUAUUUUAAAAUUAAUAUACUGUGUACUUCUUGAUUAAAAAUUUCUGUCUUGCAGGGUAUCCUUUUUGAAGGAAAUAUAUAUCCUUAGGACACAAUCAAGCAGUUUGUUUCUUCUGUAUGUUUGAGUUAUAUAUUUUUAAAUUAACUGACUAUAAUUUGAAUUUAUAUGUUUCUAUAUAUAGGUUAUCUUUGUAGUUUUCCCUAAGCAUUUAGUAGGUUGAGAAAUAACUUCUAAAAAGUAUUAGUAAUACAUUAAAUUUGUAGCUAAUGCAAACCACUUUGUAUAACUACGUAAACACAGUUACUGUUAGAUAUUGUGAUUUUUCAUUGUGUGGAAACCCUCAUUUGAAUGACUUUGAGGCCUUAUGUAUGUGUGUGUGCAGAUGUUAACAACAGUCAUUGUGCGUUACUGCAUUUGGUUCCUUUAAAAAGCUGAGAGGCAAGUGCAGGAAAAAAAUUUGGUAUUUUUAGCAGAAAUUCUUAAUAUCUUUUUUAAAGUCUGAGUAGACAUGGUUAAGUGUGUUUUAAACAGUGGGUGCCAUUUAAAUUCAAUAUUUUUUGCCAUCCACCCCUAGAAAAUUACAGGACUCGCAACUUGAAAAAAUAUAGAUAGGUUACAGAAUCUGCUGGCCACGUUAAAAAUUAGAAGACUGUCAUGUCUUCUCUGGAGGAUGCUUUGACUGUUGAAGUUUUCUUUUUGUGGAUUCUAUCUGCUUACUCCAGGACGAAAAGUUCUUUCAAUGAGGCAGUACUAAAUAGUUCUUUUUAAAGGUAUCUACUUCUAAAAUUACCUAGUUGGAAAUAUGAAGGAAUACAGAGUUUUAGAAAUAUCCAGCAAGGAUCCAGUCUAAGUAUUACAGGGCAAAGGUCAAAACGUUUUUCAAAGUCCAUUUGAAUGGUGCGUUAUUGGGAUGAGAAUCAUUCAUACUUUGAAUUAAAAUGAUGUUGCUCAGGAAAUCAGUAUUUUUCUUCCAAGUAUGUGCAUAUUGCACUGUUAGACCAUAGUAAUAUCUGAAUGCUUUAUUUAAUUUUAUGUAUGCAAGAAUAUAAAUCUUUUGUAUAAUGUAUUUUAUACAAAUGCAAAAUAUAACAUUGUUAGCAUGUACAUCUGUAAAACUGGUUUUUAAAACUUUUUGCCUCAUAUUUUUCAUAUUUUAAAAAAAUCUACACAAUGUAAUAAAGUUUCUAUUUUAUUAUCCAA